CAGCAUGCAUGGAAGAUCUGAGAUUGGACUGAUCGCCGAUUACACAGUAUCCCGCGGGUGACACUCGCACUCACAACGUAGAGAGUCACUCUUUGCUCUCUCCCCGUGGUACACGCGUCGUGGUCCCCAAACCAGUAUAUCCACGGCAGGCAAACGUGAGCGAUCACGACCCGCGCGAAUCGCACCUUGAAAUCAACCUCCAAGAUCAAGUGGUGUUCCGAAGAGUAGUUCGGAUUUUGCGGCCGGCAGAUCGACUGCGAUUUUAAAAGCGAGAUUCGGUUACUCGGCAAAGAGAAUUAGAAGAUCGAUUUGAUCAGUUCAAGUUCCGUCGUUUACCGAAGAUUUUCAUCGACGAAAUAGAGCGUGAACGACUACUCCGGCAACGAGCGCGAAAUUACAUUUCGUGCGACCAUUAAGAGUGCUCAGAAAGUGCAGUGUGCAAAAAAACCAAAUUUUUUUUCCGUUCGCCGACAUUGAGGUGACAUCGGUUGUUUCGCAGCGAUUCACUCGCGGCUAGAUCUAGGAAGAUUUCCACAUGAGAUUGCAUUGCCAGAUUUAGUAAGAUACUGUAUUAUGUCUCGUUAUCAUCUUUGCGUUUGAGACGACACCGAUCGACAAUCAGCCGGAGUGCGUAUACAAACCGACGACACCUGGAGAACACCAAGUGGGCCCAUCACAAAAGCCCAUAAUCAUGACAGAGGCAUCACGGGAUCCUGAAGUAGCUGACUCAGAAAACACCGACAACGGCACGACAACGUUAAAUCUAACUUGUUCGACGACCAGCAAAAGGAAACCACUUCCGGAUCGCGGAACAUGGAGCACCAAGCUGGAUUUUAUCCUCAGUGUGGUUGGCCUGGCGAUCGGUCUUGGCAAUGUCUGGCGAUUUCCAUAUCUGUGCUACAAGAAUGGCGGCGGCGCUUUCCUAAUUCCAUACUUCUUAACGCUGUUUUUGGCUGGUAUACCCAUGUUCUUUAUGGAGUUAGCUCUCGGGCAGAUGCUCACGGUGGGCGGCCUCGGAGUCUUUAAGAUAGCGCCGCUCUUCAAGGGCAUCGGUUAUGCCGCUGCCGUCAUGUCCUGCUGGAUGAAUGUCUAUUAUAUCGUUAUCCUGGCCUGGGCGAUCUUUUAUUUCUUUAUGUCAAUGCGCAGUGAAUUGCCUUGGGGAAGCUGCAACAAUGACUGGAACACCAAGAAUUGUGUAAAUCCUUACGACAGAAGCUCGUUGUUUUGCUGGAGCUAUAACUCAAGGAAUGGUAGCGUCAUCAAGAUGUGCACGCUCAAUCAUAUUAAUGUGACAGUGGCGGAACUUACGGACCCUGUGAAGGAGUUUUGGGAACGUCGAGCAUUGCAGAUCAGCAGUGGUAUUGAGUCCGUGGGCAAUAUUCGAUGGGAAUUAGCGGGUACAUUACUAUUAGUGUGGAUAAUCUGUUACUUUUGCAUCUGGAAAGGUGUCAAGUGGACUGGCAAAGUCGUCUAUUUCACGUCUCUCUUCCCGUAUGUGUUGCUCACCGUUCUUCUGAUUCGUGGUAUUACGUUGCCCGGCGCCAUGGAAGGCAUUCGAUUUUAUAUCAGUCCAAACUUGUCUAAGCUUCGGGAAUCCGAGGUGUGGAUCGAUGCAGUAACACAGAUUUUCUUUUCGUACGGUCUCGGACUCGGCACCCUGGUGGCUCUCGGUAGUUAUAACAAAUUUACCAACAAUGUCUACAAGGACGCUUUGAUCGUUUGCUCGGUCAACUCAUCCACCAGCAUGUUCGCGGGCUUCGUAAUAUUCUCUGUGGUGGGUUUCAUGGCUCACGAGCAGCAGAAGCCGGUCGCUGAAGUGGCCGCUUCCGGACCAGGAUUGGCCUUUUUGGCUUAUCCGUCAGCGGUUCUUCAGCUACCGGGCGCGCCGCUUUGGUCAUGCCUGUUCUUUUUUAUGCUGCUGCUCAUCGGACUCGACUCCCAGUUCUGUACGAUGGAAGGCUUCGUCACGGCUAUGGUGGACGAGUGGCCUCAGCUGUUACGUCGUCGCAAGGAGUUGUUUAUCGCCAUCGUGUGCGCCCUGUCCUAUGUUAUCGGAUUGUCGUGCAUUUCUCAAGGUGGCAUGUACGUUUUCCAAAUCCUCGAUUCGUACGCCGUCUCUGGCUUCUGUUUACUCUUCCUCAUCUUCUUCGAAUGCAUAUCAAUCAGUUGGGCGUUUGGUACAAACCGAUUCUAUGAUGCUCUGCGCGACAUGAUCGGUUACUAUCCUCUUAUGUGGUGGAAAUUUUGCUGGACAGUGACUACGCCGAUGAUUUGCGUUGGCGUGUUUAUCUUCAAUCUGAUUCAGUGGACACCUAUAAAAUAUUUAAAUUAUGAAUACCCAUGGUGGUCGCAUGUGUUGGGCUGGUUUACAGCGCUAUCCUCCAUGCUUUGCAUACCCGGAUACAUGGUCUAUGCCUGGUUGACUACACCGGGCGAUAAUAGGACGAAAUACAAAUUGUUAAUUCGGAUAGAGGACGAUGUCGCGACUCUGCGAACAAAGAUGGGCCAACCACCAGUCGAGUUAACGCCUCUAUAAUUUUUGUCUCGGCAGGCAGCGCAAGCUCGCCUAGUUUGAUAAUACAGUCGUUUCCUGUCAUCCUGUAAAAUUGAUGAAUUGAUAAGGAUUUAUGGACAAGGAAUUGAUAAGGAUUUAUUCUGUAAAGUGGUGAAUUCCUAAUCUCUAAAAUCGGAAGAGUGACUUAAAAAAUUUUUUAAUGAGAAUUCUAAAGAUUGUUUUUUGUUUAUUUGCUUGUGAGAGAGAGAGAGAAAGCAAAAUAAGGGAAUAGAAAGUUGAUGAGAAAUAAUUCGAAUGUUUCCUAAAGUGAAUCUUAUAUUAAUUUUGAUAAAUUAGAAACGUAACUUGACAAAAUGGAUUCUUGCCAAUUUCUCUUACAAUUAAUCCGCUUUUUGUAGGAUAUCGUGAUAACGAUUACCAUAAAAGAACUCGCGUGACCGCUAUAGGUUAUCGAGGCUUGGCUUGGAGUUCUUUUAUUCGAAGACACGAUUCGAUGCGAAGCGGAGAGUCAGCAAUUAAAUGAACGCCGGAAACGAACGCACCCGACACUGCCCUCGGUUCCCCUUUUCACAUUCUCUCGACAAAAAGCUUCCGUUGGCUUUGUACAUAAAUUAUUUAUUUAUCAUUGUAACGAUCGCACAACUCCCGCAGGGUAGGUGACGCGGAAGUUCGCAAAUGUUCGCGGCAUUCUGGCUAAGUUGCUGGGUUCAUCUUAGAAUUAAAACAGAACACAUGGUUGCGCCAUCGUUGCACCAAAGCUAUUUAAAAUUCAUUAAAAAUAUUAAGCGGAUUAAUAUCCUAAAAGAUUUCUGCGCAGAAUAUACUCUCCUCCAUUUGGUCCAAAUUAUGCAUAAUUUCGGAGUUUUGUGGUAUAGAAAAGUGACCAAAUUUAUUGCCAGAUUGUCGCGUUCGUGACAUACACAAUGAGUGACAGUUCAGUUAAUUGCUACUAACGAUCAGCGAUAUCGGCUGUUGCUCUCAUAUAACAAUAUCCGAUGACAUUUCAUCAAACUUAUAUCGUGAUAGCUCUAUGUACGUUCGCAUUUAUUAUUACGCUCGCAUUUUUGUGUUAAUUUAACGUUGCAAGUAGCGAGCAAAGUGCGCCUACAUCUCUCUUUUCGAGAAUUGUAAUAAAUAUUAAUGAAUAUUAAUUUGCGAUGAGUGUAAAUUGAAGUGUUUCUUCUAUAAUAUGUAACGUUAUCAUUAUCAAGUUGUUAUAAGUGGCAAGUACAGCAAUGUAGUACUCGUAGGCGUGUUAAGAGCCGCAGUACCGACCAAAUUCUUCGCCAUUUGCGGUCAAUGAUGUAUUAGACGUCUCAAAUCGCCGUCCCAACGUUUACGAUGAACGGACGGACGGUAAGAUUCCGGGAUUGCCCCGUGCGCAUAUUUAUGCUGCCAUAAAUAUUAUAAACAGACGCGUUUUACUAUUGCAUCACUCUUAUUUAAUAAAUGUUAGUAUUACCUAAUUUAUGUCGAGUACCUGUCGUUAGAUCUGCAGCGUCGGCAGAGUAAUAGUAAUAAUAGCAAAAUAGUCAUAAAGGAAAUGCGGCAACGCGUUGCAAAAUACAAUAAUGAGAUUAUAAAGGUGACGAUCGGAUAGAAUAAAUGAUAUAUUUCGAUA